AUGGCAACAAGACGAUUCAUUAGCAAAAUUGGCGCUUAUAAUACACAUUCCCGUUUAUUUUCAUUAUCAUCACCGACUUAUGCUUCUGACAUUGUACUCCCAAAAUUUCAAAUUGAUUUACCUGGUGUAGAAAAUUAUGGUUUUGAAGGUGAAUCAUCAUUUAUGAGAUGUAAACAUGGAGCUGUUGCUGCAGACUCUGAAGAAGCAUCAAAAGUUGGCAGACGCAUUUUAAAUUUAGGUGGUUCUGCAGUUGAUGCUGCUAUUGCUGUUCUUCUUUGUGUUGGUGUACACAAUUGUCAUUCAACUGGAAUUGGUGGUGGAUUUCUGAUGAAUAUCUAUGAUUCUCAACGUAAGGAAUGUAUAGCCGUUGAUGCACGUGAAGCAGCACCAUCACAAGCUCAUCAUAGAAUGUUUAUUGAAGGAAAUCCACCACCAUCAUCAACACAUGGUGGUUUAGCUAUUGGUAUUCCAGGAGAAAUAGCUGGCUUUUGGAAAGCUCAUAAACUUCACGGAAAAUUACCAUGGGCAGUUCUAUUUAAACCAGCUAUUGAAAUGUGUAAUGAAGGUUUUGAAAUACGAAAAGCACUUGCUUUUACUAUACUUAAAUGUAAAGAUAAUUUAUGGAAACAAAGAUCAUUUAGACGAGUGUUUUUUAAAGGUGAUUCAGAUCAUGUUUAUGGUUUAGGUGAUACUAUUUAUAGACCACGUCUUGGAAAAACACUUUCAAUUGUUGCUGAACAUGGACCAAGUGCUUUUUAUGAAGGCGAAUUAUCAGAUUUAAUUUGUGAAGAAAUUCAAGAACAAGGAGGAAUUAUUAACCGAUUCGAUUUAGAAACUUAUCAUGCUAGAGUUAAACCGGCUAUUCAAGUAACGCUAGGCAGCGAUUACACAGCUUAUGGUGUUCCGCCGCCAGCUAGUUCAGCUAUAACUCUUCUUAUUCUUAAAGUAAUGGAUGGUUAUGGUUUAUCACCAUAUUCAUUAGAUAGUGAUGAAAAACAAGUGAGAUUUUAUCAUAUUCUUAAUGAAUUAUUUAAAUUUGCAUAUGCAAAACGAUCAGCUAUGGGAGAUGAAUAUGAUUCUCAAACUGAAAAAAAUCAAGAUAUUGAACAGUUACUAAAACUUAUUUUAUCGCCGGAAUAUGCAGAAGAAAUUCGUGAUCGGAUCAAUGAACAUAAAACACAGCCAUUGGAAUAUUAUGAACCUAGAUUUGAACCUCAAACAGAUCAUGGUACCAGUCAUUGUUCUAUUAUUGAUUCAUUGGGUAACGCAGUUGCUGUAACAAGUACAAUAAAUACUGAUUUUGGAGCCUUCGUUUAUGGACGUAAUACCGGUAUUAUAUAUAACAAUCAAAUGGAUGAUUUUUCUCAACCAGGUUUAUCUAAUUACUAUGGUUAUGCUCCAAGUCCAGCUAAUUUUAUAAAACCUUUUAAACGUCCAAUGUCAUCAAUGAGUCCAAUUAUUGUGACUGAUUCAAGUGGUGAAGUUAUUUUUAUUGGUGGUGGUUCAGGUGGUAGUCGAAUUAUAUCAUCUGUUGCUCAAGUAGCUAUUUAUAAUUUGUGGCUUGGUAAAAGUAUUCGUGAUGCUGUUGAUAUGCCUCGUUUACAUCAACAACUUAUUCCAAUGGAAAUUGAAUUAGAAAAACGCUUUCCUGUGAAUGUGGUACAUGGUCUUUUAUCAAAAGGUCAUACAAUUUCAAGUUUUCGUGGUGGAUGUGUCGUUCAAGCAAUUGAACGUCGUCAUGCCGAUGAAUUAUGGGCUGUUAGUGAUGCACGAAAAGGUGGUGCACCAGAUGGUCUUGGUUAUAAACAUAUAACCAAAACUUUUCAAAAUUGGUUCCGUCGAACAUUUCAAAAAGGCAAAGAACAAAAAAUAUUAGAAGAAGAAGUUGAAAAAGCACGAUUAUUAUCUCCAAAGUAA